AUGGGACUCACCGAAGACUGCUGGGAUUCUGCGGAUUCUGCUGCAUCCUCAUCUGAUUCAUUUGUGGUUGCUGUGGGGACUGCAUUUGUUGACCUUGUGGAGUCAUAUUUCUCAUUUGUUGUUGUUGUGGAAUCCCUCGCAUUUGCUGCAUUGGUUGUUGUUGCUGUGCAUUUGGCGCCAUCAUUUGAGGUUGCUGCUGCUGAUUUUGUUGAGGACGGAUUUGUUGUCCCAUGUUCAUCAUAUGGCCUUGUGGCUGCUGCAUUUGCUGGGAUGAUGGUCCAGGUUGACCAACUUGGCGUUGCCCUUGCAUAUUAG